AGUUAACAGCUGUUGGUAGCGUUGCCAUAUGCUAGACACUUUUUCAUACGUUUUUCAACACUACAGUUUCUAUGCCCUUGCCAACACACUCGCUCGCACCAGCUGUUCGUCGCCAGAAAAACAAGAGACUUAUAUUUUAUAUACAUCUAACGCGAGGAAAGCUGUAGUUUUUUAUAUUUAAAAGCCAUCGUACUUAAUAUAUGUCAUAUAUAUGGACUGCUGUGGUAGUGAAGUGCGCAGCGAAAGCAUUUACAACAUGCUGCAAGCCUUAGUCGACUCGAAAGUAAUCAACGUCCAGUUGUUUACCAUCGCUGUGGGCAUUUUCUUUGUGGUGCUGCUGUUGAAAAAUAACUUUCGUAGCUUCUCGGGCACAUAAAACAAGCUGAACCUGGCGAAUUUAGUGGUUAAUUAAUGUAAUAAUGUAAUGUACACAAUUUAGCUAAGCAAUAAUAAUAACCAUUCAAAGCAAAA